AUGCCUAUCUCCACCGGACAGCCCGACGGCGGCGGAGGCGCGCGCGGCGGCGGACCCGGGGAGCCGGUCUGUGGGGACCCCAGCCCGGGGCCGCCGCCACCGCCGCCGCCCCCGCCCGAGGGCGCCGAUGAGGCCGCGCCCGCGCCCCGGCCUCCGCCCGAGCCCGACGAGGCGGCCGCCGCGCUGCGCCUGGCCUUGGACCAGCUCUCGGGGCUGGGGCUGGGGGGCGCGGGCGAUCAGGACGAGGAGGGGGCGACCGCAGGCGGCGGAGACGGGGCGGGUGCAGCGACUGGGGGCGCAGACGGCGGGGCCGCGGCGGAGCCGGCGCCCCCCGACGGGCCUGAGACGGGGGCGCCCGGGGUGGCCGUGGCCCCCGGUCCGCUGCUGGAGCCGGACGUGAGCCCCCCGCCGCCGCCUCGACCGUCGCCGCCCGACGUGUUCGCUGGCUUCGCGCCCCACCCCGCGGCGCUGGGCCCCCCGACGCUGCUGGCCGAGCAGAUGAGCGUGAUCGGCAGCCGCAAGAAGAGCGUGAACAUGACCGAGUGUGUGCCCGUGCCCAGCUCCGAGCACGUCGCCGAGAUCGUGGGUCGCCAGGGGUGCAAGAUCAAGGCUCUGCGAGCCAAGACGAAUACAUACAUCAAGACUCCGGUGCGAGGGGAGGAGCCGGUCUUUAUCGUGACUGGCCGCAAGGAGGACGUGGAGAUGGCCAAGCGUGAGAUCCUGUCGGCCGCCGAGCACUUCUCCGUGAUCCGGGCCACGCGGAGCAAGGCAGGCGGGCUGCCGGGUACCGCGCAGGGCCCACCCAACCUGCCCGGACAGACCACUAUCCAGGUGCGCGUGCCCUACCGCGUGGUGGGGCUGGUGGUGGGGCCUAAGGGCGCCACCAUCAAGCGCAUCCAGCAACGGACGCAUACGUACAUCGUGACGCCCGGGCGCGACAAGGAGCCGGUGUUUGCCGUGACCGGCAUGCCCGAGAACGUGGACCGGGCACGUGAGGAGAUCGAGGCCCAUAUCACAUUGCGCACGGGGGCCUUCACCGACGCCAGCCCCGACAGCGACUUCCACUCCAACGGCACAGAUGUCUGCUUGGACCUGCUGGGGGCGGCCGCGGGCCUCUGGGCCAAAGCCCCCAACCCAGGCCGACGGCCCCCAGCCAGCCUCCGUGGGGACACUGCGCUGGGCGCCCCAGGAGGCCCUGAGUCCUUCUACGCGGGCAGCCGCGGGGGACCGCCGGUGCCUGUGCCGGUGCCAGACGCUGGCCCCGCCAGUCCCUACAGCACUUCUGGCAACGGGGGCUUCACCUUCGGCGGGGACGGUCCCGGGGCCCCCACGGGGCCACCCGCCCCCGAGGACUGCGACUUUGGCUUCGACUUCCUGGCGCUGGACCUGACCGUGCCCACCGCGACCACCAUCUGGGCGCCUUUCGAGCGGGCCACCCCGCUGCCGGCCUUCGGCGGCUGCUCGGCGGUCAAUGGGGCCCCUGCGCCACCAGCCCCAGGUGCCCGACGCAGCAGCGGGACCGGCACACCACGCCACUCACCCACGCUGCCCGAGCCCGGUGGCCUGGGCCUGGAGCUCCCGCUGGCCCGCCGGCCUACACCGGACCCAGUGGGCGCCCUGCCCUGGCGGCCCCCACAGGGCUCCCUGACGUCCUUCUCAAGCAGCGCCAGCUUCUCCACAGCCACCUCGCUGCCCAGCAGCUCCUCGGCCUCCUCGUGCUCGGCGCUGGAUUCCAGCGCCCCCGAGAGCGGCCGUAAGCCCCCAGCGGCCCCAGCGCCUGCGGCCCUGGCGCGGGAGUGCGUGGUGUGCGCCGAGGGUGAGGUGAUGGCUGCGCUGGUGCCCUGCGGCCACAACCUCUUCUGCAUGGACUGCGCCGUCCGCAUUUGCGGCAAGAGCGAGCCAGAGUGCCCGGCCUGCCGCACACCCGCCACCCAGGCCAUUCAUAUCUUUUCCUAG